CUCCCAUAUACUCUGAAACAGUACAAAGUGAUUCCAUAUUUAAAACAACAAAUACAUAAGAACUGCCUCAAACUUCACAAAAUCCAUUCAAACUAGAGAAUCUGUAAUAAUAGUGCUCCAACCAUAUUGUGUUUCAAAGGAUUAGUUAGAUGGUGGUGGGGAGAGGAAAGGAAUAGCUGGCAUAGUCAUUGGAAUGGACGGGAUAGAGGGAAUUGCUGGGAUGGUGGGCAGCGAAGUGGCUGGCAUCGGUGGGAGAGUCAUCUUAGGAGCUGUAGGCAUGGUUGGCAAUGUUGGAUUUGGCAGAGUCGACGGAAUUUGGGUUGUUGGAAUAGGCGGCAUCGUGGGCUUUGGCAAGGUUGGGACCGUCUGCAAAGGGGUGGACGGUAGUGGUGGCAAUGUGGCUUGGGGAACAGUUGGCAUCGUUGGCAAAGGUGUGGUCGGUAGAGGCGGCAAUGCGGCUUGGGGAAUAGUUGGCAUCACCGGCAUUGGAGGCAUUGUGAGUUUAGGGAUAGAAGGCAGUGUCUGCAGAAGCUGGCGGGCCGCAAGGGUCAUGUGGAUGCUUGAAAGUGAUAAUGCCAAGAUCAGAGGCAGAAUUAAAUCGUGAUGAAAAGCAGCCAUUGCUCGAUAGGUGUAGAAGGCUUUGGGAGGUUGGCUAAAGAGGCUG